GAAUACAUGCAAUAAUCGUUAAUUAAUAGGUACUGUGUUGAUAAUCGUUAAUUAAUACGCUUAAUUAGUGUUAUUAAUCCUUAAUUGAUGUGUUAAUUACCCUUUAACCCCUCCCGUUUCCGCUUAAUUAUCGACAUUUGAACCUAAUUAGUGGUAAUUACUCUUUAACCCUCAUUUGUGUGUGCGCGCGCGACAUGCAUUAAUUAUAUAUUUUCGCCUUUUAUUUUCCAGCGAAAAAUCUUAUAAUUGCUGGUGUUAAAAACCUUACCUUACAUGACUACAACAAGGUGGAGCUGUGGGACUUUUCUGGUAGUUUUGUGUUUCAUGAGGAGGAUUUAGGGAUAAACAGGGCAGUGGUUUGCCGCCCUAAAUUACAAGAAAUCAAUGAGAGUGUCAAAAUUUCUGUAUUAACCUCAACUUUGGUUAAAGAAGAUCUCAAGGACUUCAAGGUUGUCGUAUUUACCGAUUUGCUGUUAGAGAAAGCAAUGGAGUUUGAUGAUUAUUGCCAUGAGCAAAACCCUCCGAUCGCAUUCAUUUUGUCAGAUGUUCGAGGCCUUUACGGCAGAAUUUUCUGCGACUUCGGUCCCGAUUUUGAAUUCCUAGAUGCUAACGCCGAGGGGAAGGCUUACAGAGCAAUGAUUUCAAAUGUUUCUACAGCACCGGACGCUAUAAAAGUGGAUUGUCAUGUUGUCGAGGGUCAGGACGUGAAGUUUCAGCAAGGUGAUGAAGUUGUGUUCUCUAACGGGAAGCGCAUGAUAGGAUUGCAUGAUGGAAAACCGAAAAAAGUAAUGGGUGUGGAUCUUCCUUCUAAAUUCUACAUUCGAAACGAUCCUACAAAUCCUCCUCUAGAUGGGACCGAGGUUGUUGUCACAAAAGUGACACGUAAAUUGUUGAAGUUCAAGACAUUGAGAACCUUUUUGAAUGAUCGACUUUCGAAUCCUAACAUAAAGAUCACUAUCUACCCCUUGUUACAUCAAGCUUUAGAUACGUUCAGAGCAAACUUGGGACGUUUUCCUAAUGCUGGAUCAAAGGAAGAUGCUGAAAAAAUAAUUGCUCUAGUAACUGAUCUUAACAAUGAGUGGCCUAAUGAUAUGCGGGCAACAGUUGAUGCAGAGCUUCUUAGGCAUUUUACCUUUGGCGCUAGAGCUGUUUUAAGUCCCGUGGCUGCCGUGAUUGGUGGUUUAACUGCUCAACAAGUUUUGAAUACUUGCUCAGGAAACUUCCACCCGAUGUUUCAGUGUCAACAUUUCAACCUUUUAAGACCCUCAAAUUUGGAUCCUAAUGACCUGAAGCCCAUCAAUUCUCGUUAUGACGCCCAAGUAUCUGUAUUUGGGGCGAAGAUACAGAAGAAAUUGUCGGCGGCAAAUGUGUUGAUUGUGGGGUGUGGUUCCAUAAGUUGUGAAUAUUUGAAGAAUCUUACUUCGAUGGGAGUUUGCUGUGAUAAAUUGGGUAAGUUGACUGUUACAGAUGAUGCUCUCGUAAGAGAGAGCGACCCCAAUAGACAUCUAAUGUUUCGUGAUCAGAAUAUUGGUCAGGCAAAGUCUGUGGUCGCCGUCGCAGCGGCUAGGUCAAUCAAUCCAAAUCUUCGUGCCGAGGCUUUACAAGAGCGUCUUUGCCCUGAAACUGAAAGCGUUUUCGACUACGAGUUUUGGAAGAAGAUAGACAUAGUCCUCACUACAAGUUCAAUAACCAAUUCAGUUUAUGUUGGUGAAAGAUGUUUCUAUUUCGGGAAUGCGCUCCUAACCUCAGAAUUGGCUGGUCCAAAGAUCUUUAGUAGAACAAUUAUCCCUCACAUAACAAAUCACUUUCUUGUAUCAUUGAAAUAUCCACUGCGGGUGAACGACAUUGAAGCAUGUGUCUGGUUGGCUGAACGUGGGCUUAAUGAGCUAAUUGUGGCAGCUGCAGUAGAGCUUCCUAAAUUUAUAAGUGAUCCAAAUGGAUACAUCACUGAUUUGAGGCAUGAGUCGCAAGCGUUCAAAACAUUUGAAAUGGUUCUUGAAAAUCUAGACUAUAUAUUAAACAAGACAUUUGAAGAUUGUGUUAGAUGGGCUCGGUGCAAGUAUAAUUCCUUCUAACUCUC